AAAAAAUAAAGAAAAAGAGAGAGGGGAUGAGAGAGCAUGUUUGCUAUCAUUUCUCUUCUCAGACCUUUGUUGAAAGUCUUGGGAUCGAAGGCAGGGAUCUUAAUCAUAACAUAGAGGAAGUAUUAAUCAUCUUCCUGUAAUUGCAGUGAGUGCAAUAAAGCACUUUAAUUUUUAACAUUAAGAAAGUGAGAGACAGAGAGAGUUUUUCAAGCAAAAUCUUGUAUGAGGGAUAGCUGCAAAAAAGGUUUGCCUGAAAAGAAAAAUAAAUAAUUAAGUCAGAGAGAGAGAGAGAGAGAGAGAGAGAACGGUAUGGAGAAGGGAUUAUUCAAGCUCCUCUCUCUUUCUUUGUUUCUUUCCUUUCAAGACUACUUUAAGAUGGAAACUUGAAAGAGUAAAGAGGAAAAACUGAGAAAAGUUGCCUAGCUAAAAGCAACAAGGUAUGUGGGUGUCACCUGAACUGUUUCUUUGAUUGAAGUGUGAGAGAUUCCUGGAAGCAAAGCUGGUUAGUAAAAGUUUAAUUACUCAAUCUUGGGAUUUCCAAGCCCUUUUAUUUAAAAGAAGAAAAAAAAUUAUCAUUAUGGAGUCGGAAAAUGUCCAUCACCAACACCAGCUCCAAGACCAGCUUGUUGGGUCUUCUUCUUUACCUAUUCCAACCUGUUAUGGAGUUGCAAGCACCCAUUCUUGGAGUUGGACCCCAACCCCAAGUAUCACUUUGAACACCAGUGAGUUCAAUCCAAAUUAUAAUGGGGGUAUCUUACAUUCAAGGCAGAAAAAUGACAUCAAUUUAGCAUCUCCUCAAAACAGUUCCAUGAUCCAAGACUGGAAUAACAAUGAAGGGAGCUUCACCAGCCAUUUGCAUGAUCACAGCGAGAAGCUGUUGCUCAAGACAAUAUCAUCUGGUUUUCCAAUGUUUUCGGCUGGAUCAGAAUUUUACUCAACCACCCAGAAUUGUUCUAUCCCAACUGCUAGUUUUACUUCUUUACCAAGUAGAGGGAAUUUCAGCCAGAUAUAUCCUAGUAUAAAUAUUUCAAAUUUGAACCAAGCUUCUUCCCCGAAUAUCCCAAGCUCCUUUGACAUGAAUUUGGAGGCCUUGGAUCUCUUAAGUCCUCCAAGAUAUAGCAGAAGCAGUAGUUUUGGCCAUCCUUCAUAUGAUCAAAAUAUUCUUGGUAUAUACAAAGAGAGCCCUUCUUUUGUUCUUCAUCACCACCAUUUUCAGCAGUCAAAUCAAAGGCCAGCUUAUAGCCCUAGUAAAAUAUCACCCUUCCCCACUGAAAUAACAGAGUCAAAGAGACCGAGCAUUUUAGCAGAACCAAAGGCAACAGCAGGUGCAGCAGCCAAGAAAUCUCGUUUGGAGUCACGACCGUCCUGCCCUCCCUUUAAGGUUAGGAAAGAGAAAUUGGGAGAUAGAAUUGCAGCUCUCCAACAACUGGUCGCUCCUUUUGGCAAGACAGAUACAGCGUCCGUACUGAUGGAGGCUAUUGGAUACAUCAAAUUCCUUCAAAAUCAAGUCGAGACAUUAAGUGUUCCAUAUAUGAAGUCGUCUGGCAAUAAAACAUCCAGAUCCAAACAAGGGGGUUCAACAAUGGAGGAGGGAAAUGAAGAACCAAAGCGAGAUCUUAGAAGCCGAGGUUUAUGUCUAGUGCCAUUUUCGUGCAUGUCUUACGUGACUAACCUCAGCGGUGGAGGCAUUUGGCCACCGCCCAACUUCACCGGAGGAACUUAACAACAACUGCUAGCUAGUUUCGACUAAAUCUUGCGACAUAUAUAUGAUAAAAAAAAAAAACACUGAUUAUUUUCUAAGCCAUAUGUUGGCUGGGAGAUAAUAAAUUCUAGCUUGGUGUCAAUGGAACAAAUUUGGUCAUCUUGUUAAAAUUACAAGAUCCCAGGACGGACCAAGUUUGAUCCAUUGACAAGGUCAGUUCUUGU